ACAACAAAAUGGUGAUCAGAGGGAAACUAUCCGGCGAGUUGUUUAUUUUUAACAUUUUAAGUGUUUGUUUCACUUUAGUGGAUUCAAACUUCAACGUGGAGGAAAUAUAUGGUGUUAAGUAUGGAUUUCAGAUUUCUAGGGAGCCAGUUCUCUUGAAAGAGAGUUCAGAACUUGGAAAUACAGUGUUAUUAUCAUCCAAGCAUGGACAGCAAUAUCAGUGUGUUCUACCACAGCUUGAGAAUUUAGAUAAAAAGGAUGAGGAUAUCCAACAUAUAUCUAAAGAUGAAAUUCCUCAGCUUCUAGAACCAAUAAAGAAAAAGUGUUUGUAUAAUAAUAAAGGAUGGUGGACAUAUGAAGUAUGUUUUGGAAAAGGAAUUUACCAGUAUCACAUGGAAGCAAAUAAGGUUGUUGGUGAUAAAAUUUCCUUAGGAGUAUUUAGUAAUGAGACUGAUUGGAGUCAGGAGAAAAUAAUCCUUAGAAAGGAAAAACCAAAACCAGGAAAAAGUUCAGUGGCUAAAAAAUAUCAUUCCCAGUAUUAUGUGAAUGGUACUCAGUGUGAUUUGACAGGAAAAGAAAGAGAAACACAAAUUAAGAUAUUCUGUGAUGAAGAUAGAGCAGAUUUUGUAGUAAGAGUGGAUGAACCAUCGUCCUGUUCCUAUGUAAUUACAGUACACACCAACAAGCUUUGCAAACACAACUUGUUCAGGUCCUCCCAAGUACAGGAACCCCAGUCUAUUACCUGCUCUCCAGCAUUAUCAGAGGAACGAUAUAAAAUUUAUGUAGAAAGAGUCGAAUCACGAAAAAAGGCUCAAGAGGAGGCCAAAGCUGCCAAAGAAGCUGAAAACAGAGCUCGAAAAGCAAGAGCUGUAGAGAAAGUAGAAGGUGAAGAUGAAAUAGAGGACGAUGAUGAAGAAGUCUUUGAUACAAAGAAUACGAGAUCAAAGCGAAGCCAAGUGUGGCCAUGGGAAAACCCUGGAGUUGAAAGUGAGGAUGAGGUUUGGAUUGAUGGAAAAAUCGAGCAGGACAAAAUUGAUGUGCACAGAUUGGACAUUACCAAGGGGCGCAAGAAAAAUGCAAUGGGACAUCUUGAAAGUGAAGGUAUCACCAUCAUGAGUCAAAAGAUACACAGGAAGAGACAACCUGUCAUGGAAAGACAAACAGGAGACGCUGAAGAGAAAGAAGAAAAUCCUGCCGAAGAUGAAAUGAAAGAAACGCCGGAUAAAGAAGAAUCAAAGGAGUCAAUUGAGGGGACGGAGAAAAGUAUCGAGAAAGAGGAAAAUGUUGACGGUAAUGAGAUGGAGAAGGCUGUUGAAGGAGCUACUGAACAAAACUACAAACAGGGGGUUAAAGGAGAUGAAGGUAUUCCAGCAGAAGGAGGGAAAGAGGAGGUCAUUGAUGUAGUCAGCAAAGAAGGUGGAAAAGAAACAACUACAACAGAGCAAAGUUUGGAUGAGGAAUGGAGGAAUAAAGUGGAUGAAGAAAUUCUUAAACUGAGAUCUACUUUGAAAGAGAAAUUAAGCAAGUUUGGUUUCAAUCCUGAAGUGUUGGAUAAGAAAUUCGAGGAGAAAUUUGGAAGUGUGGGAAACCGAGAAAAGGGGAAGGAUGCUGCCGACAGUCAGAUUGGAACAGAAAAUCAUGAAGAUGAAAAAAUUGAUGAGAAAGACGAAAAACUUGAAGAUGAGGAUGAGGAUGAAGAUGAAGAUGAAGAUGAAGACACGCCACAAAAGGAACAGCAGAAGUCAAAGCCUAACAUAAAUUACUUUGCGGAAUCACUUAAAGAGUUUCAGAAGCUUUUUAGCGGGGGCAUGAUGAAGAAUUUGUUAGAAGCUGCCUCUGUAAUGCAAGCUGAGUUGGAAAAACAGUUUUACGAAGAACGCGGUCGAAUGAAGAGUGAAGUUGAAAUCGUUAAGACAAAGAUACAACAGAUUGAGGAGACAAAUGGUGUGAAAGACAAAGAGCUUGCCAAAACAUUGAGCAAGAUAAAGGAUUCCAUUGAACGUUUUGAGAAAACCAACUUGCAACUAGAUGAUGACAUGGAAUCAAUCAAAGAACUCAAUAAAGAGAUAUUCAAUAUGAUAGGAGGUAAAGAUAAACCAGCCGCGAAAGGCGACUUGCUAGAACUUUCUCUUAGGAGCAACAAACUUUUGAAGAAAAUUCUUUUGCGGCGAUUCCAGCUGGACCAAGACUUAGAUUAUAUCACAAAAAUGAGAGGAAAAUUUUCUGGUGACAAAGAUGCCGAGGAGGAGUCGAAGGAUAAGGCGCAAUUUUUGCCAACGAAAGGUGGUAUUGAUAAAGUCGUGAACAAGGUGAAAACUAUGAUCCAAGAUCUGGACGUGAACAGUAAAGUGAAUGCAAAAGCUGCAGAUUUUGGGGAUGAAGGCAGCACGGAAAUAAACUCUGCCAGUUCUACAAUUGACGACGUUGACGAAUUAGAGUCAUCAGAAUCGUCUGAUGAGAGUGACACGAAAACAGGAGUAAAAGUGAAAGUGUCAAAGGUUAAGAAAGUAUUCGUUGGCGACAAUGAAGACUCCGAGAUGGAAGAAGCAGAUCUUGACGAUGAAGAGAUGGAAGAGUUAGGUCUCCAAAAGCGAAUUCGUAUGGCUACGAAGAAAAUGGAAGAACUAGUCAAACAGCAGCUGAGAGACUCAGGAGUGUUGCCUUCAGGCAAGAUAAAAGUCAAGAUUGUGACAUCCAAAGACGCUCUGGAGAAAAUGGAAGGCAAAAGCGAUUUGAAGUUACUCAGUGACGAUGAAGAAAAUCAAUUUAAAAACAUGAUCCUUGGUCUAUUGGGAGGUAGUCCUGACGCUGGGAAAGAAAGAAAGCGUCAACAAGACUUGGAAAACAAUUACAAUUUAGUUUGGAAUGAGGACGAGCUGCAGACAGUGCCGAGGGAAGAUGAUGAAGCUGAUAGGGAAGUGGAAGUAGAAUCAUUUUAGCCACAAUCAAACUUUUGCACUCCUCAUCGAGAAAGAUCUAAUCGUCUUGUCACGAGCGUAUUACAAAGAAAAAAAUCGGAGUGUCCCUAGAAAUAGAACCUCAGACAUUUGGAUUUUGCGCUUCGAUGCUCUACCACGCAUGUACUCACCUUAGAGUUGCCUUAAACUCAACGAUAGGGCAUCACGGCGCGAAAUCCGAAGG